AUGGCGACGUUUGGUGACGUUACGGCUCACCGGAGAGCAGUUCACGUGCAUUGCCUCGUCAACAUACAUUCGCCAGUCAACUUGAUUUGUUUUUAUUGUGGGAUAUUCAACCCCUUAUUAUCGCAGACUUUCAAGGAGGAAUUUCAGGUUGAGUUUUUCAAACUCGAUAAUGCAGAACCCAGGAAUUUUGUCAUUUCCAAAUUGAUGCACAUGCUUUUCUAUCCAAUAUGGACAGUGAUCUGGGCCGUAUUUCAUUUACUUAAUUUGCUCUUGAUGCCAUACUAUAGAAUAGACCUAGCACCGUAUCCUGAACCAUGGCCAUUUUACCUUUCUAACUGGGCCUGUCUCAUUCUUGCUGUUCAUGCGGUAUUAGACUGUGUAAUUACUUUCUACAUCUUUCUGAAAAAGCAGCCACUUCUGGUCCCUGAUCCAGCUGGUUUGAUGAACACCCCCUGGUAUGAGAAGCUACUGUGGGUGACAUACAACAUCACAAACGUUACAACUCUGACGAUGACACUUCUACUUGGAUCUCUUGUUACUUACCGUGCUGACGCUCCAAGUAUUCUGAUACAAAUAUUCAGCUCCUUCUACGUCAUCGCUAAUAUUAUAAUCGGAGGCAAGGAAACAAGGAUUUUGCAUGCCUACCAACCAAUGGCAUAUCUGUUCCUUUACAUCCUGUUCAAUUUGAUUUACUCGGCAGCUUCCGGUAACGCAAUUUAUCCAACUAUGGAUUGGGCGAAGACGCCUGGAUAUGGAAUCCUCUGGCUUCUUUGUAUCCUCCUGUUAAUUGCACCCCUGAUUCAUCUUCUUGUUUAUGGUAUUUAUAGACUCCGAGAAUUCAUUGUUGAGAAGUGUAAGAAAGAUGACGUACCUGUCUAAAAUACUUCUGAAACUAUUCCCACGACAAAUACUAGACCUGUUUGCUUAUAAUUGUUAAUCAAUUAAACCUGUCAGUCAUAUCUGAACAUUCCAUACACUAAUAAUGUAUAAAAUUUUAAAACAAUAAAUAAAUAAAUAAAAUAGAAAAAUAAAUGAAAGGAUGUUUCAGACUGUC